UCUUACACCCCGCUGACGGGACGCGACUCUGAUCCAUCACUGGUACGGUACCAUGUGUGUCCGGCGAUUCCUCCAUCAGCUAGACGUUGCUGCUCUGCGCUGAAGCGCGCCUCCUGCCGCCGUUCACUCGUUGUCCUGGUUGUGUCGCACAGCGCUGACUUACACGCCAACGCUCCCGCUUGGGGGUCGGUCCCGUGAAACGACGAGACGACCACCAUGACCGACUUCUCGCACACCUUGGCCACCUUGCAGCACUGCGUCGUCUGCGGCUCCGAAAUCUCCCUCACGUACGCGGCCCGCCCGACCGAGUCGUGGAAAGCCCACGCCCAGCCGCUGGAGCACGCCUCGCCGCCGUCCGUCCCGCGGGUGCCCCAGGCGCUCGUCCCUCCGGGUCUUUGCUCGCACACCUUUGAGGGCCAGGAGGCGCGCCUCGUGCACGCCGCGUGCUGGCACGUCGUCGCGCGUCUCUGGGGCAAGACGGAGUUCACCGCGGCGGAGCUCGACGGCUUCCUCGACUGCGCGCGCGACGCGAGCCCCUUCUUGCCCGAGAUACGCUUCCGCGAGGCGCCCGACCGCUUCGACGUGACCGUCGACCACACCCUCGACGCCGAUGACCUCGAGGGCCGCACGAGCAGGGCCGAGACGGACGCCCAGCGACGCUUCGAGGAGCUCUGUGCGGGGCUCAAGGACGAGGGUAUUAAAAGCCCCGUCCUACUCGGCCUGCGACGCCAUCCCCUGCCGGAGCGACUCCACGCCUUCGUCUCGCGCACGCUGGCGAGCCCGACGGACGCGGCGAACAAAGAGACACCGGCUUUGAGGUUCUGGGCAAAGGUUAUCGGCCUUCUCACAUCUGCGUCCGCCGGACCGGACGCACCCUUUUCGCAGGCAGACAGCCCCAGCCGUGCGGCUCGCGUCGCGCAAGCGCUGCGCAACAUCCGACACGGGGGGCCCUCGCGGUUCCCGCACACGGCCAACCACGAUGUCGUGCGCGCCAACGCCUCGUCCAUCCUCCUCGCGCUGCAGCUCAUCCCCGUCGAGGACAUCUUCGAGGCGGACCACGCCCUCCUGGACGGUCAGCGCCCGAAGCUGCAGCGCCCGCGCCCGGAGCCCCUGUCGUCGUUGCGCCCCGGAUGGCCGUUCCGCCUCAGCUUCCUGACGCUCCGGCGCGAGUAUUACGUCGACAACAUGGACUUUGGGCGGCGCUUCCGCGUCGGCAUGAAGUACCUGCGCACCAUCGACUUUCGGUUUCACGACGAUACGCAGCAGCACCAGCACCAGCAGCGGCCAGAGCAGCACACGCUGGCCGGUGGCGGUAGCUACGUGGUGCCGGCGGUGCGCAGCCUCUGCGGGAUGCAGCUGGUGCGAGACGGCAUUGGCGUCUUUGCAGUCCAUGCCAAGGACGGCAACGACUGGUACACGGUUUGGCAGCAAGACCCGACGAUUAAGAUAACGCCGCACAUGGCCGCAUUGCCCACGUCUGCGCAGUGGCCCGAGGGAAUGCAAAAGGGGGACCUGCUCCUUGUGUCUGAUACGGUCAAGGACAUUGCAGUGUUUGACCAGUUCUCACAGUACUUGCGAGACUCGGGCGUGUCGUGUUGAAGCGAAGAGAGAAGCCCACUGUUUGAUUCCUAUUGGCCUGACAUUGCCUUGAUCCGGGGUUUGGUUUGGUCGGGCUGCAAGCACUGAGGCAGCAAGAGGCCGGUAUCACGAGCGCGGAGUACUUGGAGUCUUCUUCAUACACUUGGGCAAUCUGGAUGAUGGCUCAUCAGCUUUUGACUACAGGGUUCACCGGACACCCUGGGCGGCCGUGUGCCUCGACGUGCUGCCGCGUGUGUGUGAGGGUGAUGUUGUCGUUCAGCCGAUUUUGCAACAUGAAGCCCAAUAUUCCAGACCUAGCUUCCACAGGCGAAGC